AUGUUUUCGUAUAUAUUCCAGACACUUACAUCUAUAUCAUCUGCUAAUAUAGCAGAAACUUCAUGGAGAGUACAAGUCUCCGGAGUUAUGGGCUCUACGUCAUUGGCAUGUUGGAUUGUUCUUUUGAUGCCUCAAUUAAUUGAACAAUGGAGAUUGAAAUCAGCUGAAGGUAUAGCCAUUGGAUUUAUUUCCAUAUGGUUUUUGGGUGAUGUUUUUAAUUUGAUUGGUGCUUUAUGGGCUGGAUUAUUACCGGAAGUUAUUUUCUUAGCCGUAUGGUUUUGUAUUGCUGAUUUUUUGAUGAUUUUCAGUUAUUUCUACUAUACAAAAGUUUACCCAAAACGUCAUGCUCACCACCAUCAUCACCAUAACCAUAAGAAAAAUAAAAAGAGACUUAGUCAAGGACAAUCAGGCGAAGAUGAAGAAAGUCCAUUAUUGACUACUUCUAGAAGUAGAAGAAGCAGCACAUUGACUGACAUUGCCUUGGAACCAGAAUAUCAUUCUGUUUUUAUUAAAUAUGUUUUACCUAUAUUGUUUGUUAUUGGAUGUGGUGUAUUGGGAUUUUUCAUUAGUGGUCCAUCUUCUUCAUCAAAUGAUGAUGGUCAACUUCCUGGAGAUUCUGGUGACGAUAAGAUAAAAUUUGGCCCACAAGUCAUGGGAUACCUUAGUGCAUUCUUAUAUUUGGGAGCAAGAAUUCCUCAAAUCAUUCAAAACCAUAAAAGAAAGAGUGUUCAUGGUUUGAGUCUUUUGUUUUUCUUAUUUUCAUCAUUGGGUAAUUUAACUUAUGCUGGACAAAUUUUAUUUUUUAGAAGUGAUAGCCAAUAUAUUAUGCUUAACAUGAGUUGGUUAUUAGGAUCAUUAGGUACCAUUUUCGAAGAUUCAGUUAUUAUCUUACAAUUUUACAUAUACAGGGAACAUGCCAAUGAUUCCCCACUUGAGAUUACACCAUAA